AGCGGCCAUGGAGAAGAUGCAGCAGGUCGUGGGCCGGGCCAGGGCCGCCUUCAGGUCGGGCCGGAGCCGCCCGCUGGAGUUCAGGAUUCAGCAGCUGAAGGCCCUGCAGAGGAUGGUGCAGGAGAAGGAGAAGGAGAUCAUGAGAGCCCUCAAGGCUGAUCUGAACAAGGUCUGUGCUGUCAGGGGGGACGAGGCCUACAUCGGCUAUGAGCCCCUGGGAGUGGUGCUGGUCAUUGGGGCCUGGAACUACCCCUUUGCCCUGGUCAUGCAGCCCCUGAUCGGGGCCAUCGCUGCAGGCAAUGCUGUGGUGGUGAAGCCAUCAGAGGUCAGUGAGAACACGGCUCAGCUGGUGGCUGAACUGCUCCCACUGUACUUGGACAAGGAUCUGUAUGCUGUGGUCACUGGUGGAGUUCCUGAGACAACCGAGCUGCUGACCCAGAGAUUUGAUCACAUCUUCUACACUGGCAACUCCAACGUGGGCAGAAUUGUGAUGGCAGCAGCUGCCAAGCACCUGACCCCUGUCACCCUGGAGCUGGGGGGGAAGAGCCCCUGCUACAUCGACAAGGACUGUGACCUGGCUGUGGCCUGCAGGCGGAUAACGUGGGGCAAGUACAUGAACUGUGGGCAAACCUGCAUCGCCCCAGACUACAUCCUGUGUGACCCAUCCAUCCAGAGCAAGGUGGUGGAGAACAUCAAGGCCACUCUGAAGGAAUUCUAUGGGGAGGACGUGAAGUCAUCUCCAGACUAUGAAAGGAUCGUCAACCAGCGUCACUUCAAGAGGAUCCUGGGCUUGAUGGAAGGGCAGAAAAUUGCUCUUGGGGGAGAGACUGAUGAGGCGUCCCGCUUCAUAGCUCCAACCAUCCUCACGGAUGUUUCCCCGGAGUCAAAGGUGAUGGAGGAGGAAAUCUUUGGGCCAGUGCUGCCCAUUGUGACUGUGAUGAGCGUGGAGGAAGCCAUUGAGUUCAUCAACCUUCGAGAGAAGCCCCUUGCCCUUUAUGUCUUCUCCAACAACAAGCAGCUGAUCAGACGGGUGAUAGCAGAGACCUCCAGCGGUGGCAUGACAGCCAACGAUGUCAUCAUGCACUCGGUGCUCCCAGAUCUGCCCUUCGGCGGUGUGGGGCACAGCGGGAUGGGCGCCUACCACGGCAGGUUCAGCUUCGAGACCUUCUCCCACCGCCGCUCCUGCCUCAUCAAGGACUUCAGGUGGGAUGUUGCCAACAGGCUGAGGUACCCACCUGGCAGCGAGGAGCUGAUGCAGUUGGCCAAGCUGUUCCUGCUGAAGCAGUGUGCCAGGAGCAGGGUGGGACAGUUCAUCUCGGCCCUGCUGGCAGCUGUGAAAGCCGUGCUGGCAAAGAGGAAGCUGCUCAUGGCAGCGAUCAGCCUGGGAAAUGAGGGUCUCACUGCAGGGGACAGUCCAGGCUGGCUGUCCCCAGAGCAGAGGGAAAGGAGCCUCGAGGAACCUGCAGCAUCUCAUCCUUGA